CAUGGCCAGUUACCUACCAUAGUAAACCUCAGCGCGAUUCUGGUGACAAACAAGAGCGAAUCUUUCCCAAACAGAUUACUUCACAUUGCCUUACUGUACCCUCCCACUUUCAAGCACGAUUUUAGUACUCCCCUCACGCCAAAGUCUAUCUCGAGAACACCGGCUUCAUACUCUUUCGCACGGCUGCCCCGCGUCAUCGUAAUACAACGCCUUCCAAGAUUGUCCAUCAUGACUUCAGAGCAGAACGACGCUCUCAUCUCUCAGUUUAUCGCUGUUGCCGGUCCGUCCGUACAACCUGAGCAGGCGCAGGGCUAUCUCGCUGCAGCGAGCUGGAACGUCGAGGAAGCCCUUCAAACAUUCUUCGCGGCGAAUGAUGGGGAAGAGCAAGAUACAUCCGAAGAGCAAGAAGCAGCAUAUACUGGUCCCCGCACACUUGAUGGCAGGCCAGCACCAGGAUAUGCUGGCGAGGCUACAUCAAUGCCUUCGUCGUCAGCCCGUGGCAAACAACCGCAGAAGGGCGGCUUGAGAACACUGAAGGAUAUCCAGGGAGACAGUGGCCAUAGCCAUGAUGACGAGGAUGACGAAGAUGAUGAUAAAGACCAAGACAUGUUUGCCGGAGGUGAGAAAUCAGGUCUUGCGGUCCAAAACCCGGGGCAAUCGAGCGAUCCUCAAGCUCAGAUUAGGGACAUGCUCAAAAAGGCACAGAGGAAUGAUCCACGACCUGGGGGCGAAGAUACAGAUCGGCCACGCCCACGUUUCACCGGCACAGGUCAAACUCUUGGUGGCGAUGACACCCCAAGUCGAGUCGUUACACAAGCAUCGCCUCAACGACCAGUAGUUGCGGCACCUGAACGACGUGACCUUCACAUCUGGAGAAACGGCUUCUCGGUGGAUGACGGUCCACUCUAUCGCUACGAUGACCCAGCAAACGCCGGCUAUCUAGAGAUGAUCAAUCGAGGACAAGCCCCUGUCCAAUUAAUGAACGCUCAACACGGACAAGAGUUGGACGUUCACCUCUCGAUGCAUAAAGAAGACGACUAUGUGAAACCCAAGGCCAAAUACAAGCCCUUUGGAGGAUCUGGACAGAGACUGGGAAGCCCCACGCCUGGUGCUUCAGGCCCAGCGGCGGCCACGAGCAGCGCUCCUCCACCGACUCAAUCGACUACCGCCACACCGCCUGGUAGCUCUGCGCCCAUCAUAGAUGUUGACGAGGCACAACCAACGCUUGCUUUACAAAUCCGGCUAGGUGAUGGUACUCGCUUGCGAUCGCGGUUCAACGCGAGUCACACCAUUGGAGAUGUCUAUACGUUUGUUAACAGCGCAAGCCCAACCAGCGCUCAGCGUCCAUGGGCUUUGAUGACCACCUUCCCUAGCAAAGAGCUUUCAGACAAGACUCUCAAAUUAGGUGACGUGGAGGAUCUUAAGCGUGGUGGUGUUGUCGUCCAGAAGUGGACAUAGAGUAUCGUUGUGGUUGGAACAUCAAAAUCCUGGGUGGCGCGCUGGACAACGCAUUGUGGUAUCUGGCCAGUUGCGAAGAAGCACUACCACCAACACCUUGUAAGAGUAUUUCCUCCAGCUGUAUGGCUUGGGAAUACACAUAACAAGAGGCAUAUUAAAGCAUAUAUAGACACAUGGGACCAGUGAUUCAGCAGAUCCAAUCUUAGACUGGAGCGAUCAACAGUUCAUGGCUUGAGCCCUCGGACCCAUAACAAUCGGUAAAAUAAAGAAUGUACUUCUGAACAAUUGUGCUUUGACAACGCGCAGUGAUGGCAGUCUUGUUAGUCCAGUACAACGAAUACUCUGACGGGCUGUCUCCUCGCGACGAAUGCGCGUGAUUAUGUCAGUAGAGAGUGCCUAGUGUAGUAGUAGU